AUGAUCGGCUGUGGAUGGCAAUACUGGCAAAAUAAGGAGCGAGGCCGGCGAGAGGGAGAGAUCGAGCAGGCAGCGAAUUUCGACUACAAGGUCACGAGGCAGGGCGAUACUAGCAACCACAAGCAUGGUUCGUGUAGAGAAUGCGGUGAGCGGCACAACACGCUGUGUCACAUGAGGGGACAAACGUUCAAUCCACCGGCGGGACCGACGAGGAGUACAACAGAAAAUCCUGGGGCGGCAGCCGCUGGUGUGACGCUCUGUUCAGUGACGAACACCGUGAGAGGAUCGGCGACUGGUGACAUCAAAUCAGCUGAUCAUCAUACCCGGGUUGAAUGCGAGCGCGGGCGAGUUUUGAUGGCAACAGCUAUCGUAAAUGUAAAAACAAGUAUCGGCGAGUCUCAAUUACGAGUAUUGUUGGAUAGCGCAAGCGAGCUUAACUUUAUUACGGCGGCAGCGUGUAAAAAAUUAAACAUAAAAUUAGAGAAUGAUCGAGAAAACAUAAGCGGAUUAAAUGGCAUGAGUUGUCUUAUAACUCACGGUUGCAAAAUUUCAUUGAAAUCGCGAGCGUCAGAUUUCAAUUUAAACGCGUAUUGUCUGGUUGUUCCGAACAUAACUAAAAAAUUGCCUUCAUUUACGGUUGAGGUAUCGAAGUUGCGGUUUAAAAUUCCUGACAAUUUAAAGUUAGCUGAUCCAUUAUAUUUUAAUCCCGGUCACAUUGAUGCGCUAAUUGGCAGCGAGUUCUUUUUUCAAUUACUGGAUAAUGGUAAAAUUGAACUAGGCGACGAUUUGUUGGCGUUGCAAAAUACGAAAUUCGGGUGGAUUAUAUCAGGUCCGGUACCGCAGCACUUGAUUGUCAGUCGGACGCCCAAUCGUCAACUUUCAAGCAAUCAUACAUGUCUAUUUGCGCAGCAAUCAUUUGAUGAAACUAUGAAAUUAUUCUGGGAAUUGGAAGAAUAUAAGAGCAAAAACACACGAUUGUCGAAGGAAAAACAAUGUUGCGAAAUUCAUUUUGUAAAUACUACUACUCGAGACGCGUCAUCCGGACGGUUUGUCGUUCGACUGCCCUUUCGGGAAAACAAACAACAGUUGGGUCGAUCGAGGGAUAUCGCUAUGAAACGAUUCAAUCAUCUAGAACGUAAAUUUCGAAUAAAUACACAAUUUCGUGAUGAAUAUGUUGAGUUUAUGAGCGAAUAUAUCGCUUUGGGGCACAUGUCUGUAGUUGACGAGGAUGAUGGCGUAUCGAGUCCAAUAUAUCUACUGCAUCACGGCGUGAUUCGCGAAGCAAGUAUAACAAUAAAAUUACGAGUCAUAUUCGACGCCUCAGCAAAGACUACAUCUGGUUUUUCUCUAAAUGAUACAUUAAUGAUAGGAUCAAAUUUACAGGACAACAUAAUUGAUAUACUGAUGCGUUUUCGAUUGCCAGCUAUAGCAAUGACCGCAGAUCUUCAAAAAAUGUACCGUCAAAUAUGGGUACAUCUGGUUGAUCGCAAUUAUCAGAGAAUCUUAUGGCGGUUUUCCCCGAACGACCCAAUUAGAGAAUAUAAUUUAAAUACCGUGACAUACGGCCAGGCAUGCGCUCCGUUUUUGGUCAUUCACUGCGUGCGACAGUUAGCGGAGGAAGGAGCUAGCGAAUUUAGCGACGCGUCGAAAGCGCUAUUAAAUGACUUGUACGUAGACGAUAUCAUUACCGGAGUCAAUUGUGAAGAAAAAGCGAUAAAUUUAAUCUCGCAAUUGGAAUUGUUGUUGGGCAGAGGCGGAUUCAAGGCGUAUAAAUGGCGUACGAAUAGUAAGAAGGUGAUGAAAAAAUUGCGAGCGAUCGAUCAGAUAGGGGAGUCUUCUGCUCUGGCGAUCGAGGCGAGUACAAUGAGGACGCUAGGGUUGAACUGGUGUCCGAAAACAGACGUUUUUCAAUUUUCUAUCGACGUUAUGAUAAGUCAGUUUCGACGAAGCUUAGAGCUCAUUAUGCAAGAAACUUGGAUAUCUAAUCUCGGGUGGGACGAACCGUUAACAGAGAAUCUUCGUCAAGCGUGGGAUACAUAUGUAGAGGAUUUACAGGGUAUCGGCGCGAUUCGAGUUCCGCGUAGAAUCAUUCAAUGCCCAAACGCAGUGCGCUUCAAUCUUCAUGCAUUUUGCGACGCCUCGUUAAGGGCGUACGGAGCUUGCAUAUAUUUUCAAGCGGUCGAUGAGAGCAAUAAUUCUAGUUCGUUUCUAAUUUGUUCCAAAUCACGAGUAGCACCAGUUAAGAGCAAAACCAUUACGUUGCCAAGACUCGAAUUAUGCGGUGCCAUUGUUCUCAUCAGAUUAGUUCAAAACGUAAAAAGAGUGCUCAAGAUUGCGUUUGAUGAGGUGCAUGCAUAG